AUGUGGCUGAAACAGAGGCUGCCAGCAGCGAAGAGUCGCCGCAAACACUUGCUGGGUCUCAUGCUGUCCUGCUUCCCAGAGCCGCUCACCUUCCAAUGCCAGCUUAUUUCCUCAUUCCUCAAUGACAGCUGGGUUCAGAACGUGGGCUCAGGCUGGCUGGAGGAUCUGGAGACGCACAGCCCUGUGGUGAUCCAAGUGAGAGUAAGCUACUCUGAAGGAUCCUCUGUAAGCUUCUUCCAGGUGGCAUUUCAGGGAACAGACUUUAUGAACUUCCAAGGAGAUACAUGGAAGCCUGCUCCAGGGGCUGAAAGUGUAUCUUGGAAUAUCUCCAGCAUUCUUAACCAGGACCACGGUACCCGGGACAUGUUACAGAACUUACUCAGUCACACUAUUCCCCAGUUUGUUGGUGGUCUUUUAAACACAGGACAGAAAGACAUUGAACGCCAAGUUAGGCCAGAAGUCUGGUUGUCAAGUAGUACCACCUCUACUCCAGGGCAGUUGAAGCUACAUUGUCACGUCUCAGGAUUCUACCCAAAGUUAGUGAGAGUAACGUGGAUAAAGAAUGGACAGGAGCAACCAGAAGCUCAGACAAGUGAUCUCCUGCCAAAUUCAGAUGGAACAUGGUGGAUUCAAGUUGUUCUCAUUGUAGAAGCUGGAAACACAGCCAAUCUUGCUUGUAGGGUAGAACACAGUAGUCUUGGUGGCCAAGACAUUAUCGAAUACUGGGCCAAAAGCUCUACCUGGUCCUUGGUUCUGGGAAUCAUGGCUGGAAUUACGCCAGUGAUUUUAAUAUCUGGAAUCAUCUGGUGGUGGAAAAGGCAACAUAGGUCAUAUGUAGAAAAUCUGUGACACUCUCCUCCCAUUAUCUUUCUCUCAUUGGAGCCAGAGAAAUUCAGCUGUUUAAUCCAGGUGUCAUAAUA